AUGAGAGACACAUACACAGGGUCUCAAGAAGAGUUGUCACAAGAAACGGCACAUAUAUCGUCACCUCUCCGACCUAACAAAAGGAGUAACUCCUCGCCCCAAGCACGCUCAACGCUCGAGCUUUCGGGCAGCUCGAAACGUCCCAAAAUUUCAGACACCCCCGUAUCCACACCAAAACUCGACAUGAACAAGGACAAAAACACAAAUGCAUUCACAACUAGACCCAUUGACUUAACUGGCACUUUAUACUUUGAACCGAGCUACGGGGCCAAGCGUCUGCAGAUCAGGAACCUGAGAACAACACCAAGAAAAGAUGCGGCCGAAUAUUACACCCGCAUGAGAGAGGAAAUAGAUUCUGCUCUAUCCUCGGUAUUUGCGAACGGAAAGCCGGAAUUGCCACUUGAAGUCCUCUGCCGUGGGGUUGAAUUUACUUGCCGCCAUGGUCAAGCUGAAGAAUUGUUUACUUACUAUCGAGAUCGCUCUAAAGAUUAUCUUGAAAAUGAAUUAUUAUCACAGAUUAAAUGUGAAACUUCAUCGACGCCUGUAGAAACCUUGCGUACGGUAUAUAAGUUUUGGAUAUCAUGGUUCAAGAAAUCAACUCUUUUGCGAUCGAUUUUCAGUUAUCUCGAUCGCUCAUACUUGCUAAACUCGAAAGAUCUGCCCAACCUAGAAGAGCUGAGUAUACAACAGUUCCGACAUGCUAUUUUUGAGAAAGGCUACGAUUUGGGUGGAAUGAAUUUGGGUGAGAGAGUUAUCACCGAUAUUUGUGACCUAAUCGACUACAACCGGAGUGGAAAAAUACCGCUAUUCGACGAAUCUUUGUUUCGAGAAUCAAUACGAAUGCUACAUAUUUUUGGUAUCUACAACAAGCAAUUUGAGCCAUUAUUCCUUGAUCAAAGUCGUAAAUUCUUCGAAAACUAUGUGCAAACACAUCGCGACCAAGGCACCGAAAAUUAUAUUCCUGCAUGCGAUACGCUAAUAGCACGAGAAAAAAAAUUAUAUGAUACAUAUAACUUUGACAGUAUCACGAAGAAAACCCUUCAAGAUUUGGCAUAUAGCCAUUUAAUAAUAGGAUGUUCUGAUAUUCUACUCGACAAAAGUGGUCUACAGAAGCUGAUUGACCAGGACAAUAUUCAAUUACUGAAGGUGUUAUACGAUCUCCUUAGUCUCUCAAAUAUACACACAAAAUUACGAACUCCCUUUGAGGAAUAUAUUAAAUUCACAGGUUCUCUAAUAGUCAAAAAUACUGAAAAGCCUGAUGAAAUGGUAAUUAGACUACUAGAGUUGAGAGGACUGACAGACAAAGUUAUUCGAGAUGCUUUUAGCAUGAAUGAAACAUUUACUUACAGUUUACGAGAUGCUUUUAGGAACUUUAUAAAUGAUAAAAAUAACUUAGAGGCCUGGAACACAAAGGGCUCCAAGGUUGGCGAGAUGCUCGCAAAAUAUAUGGAUAUGUUGCUGCGUGGUGGGUUAAAGGCUGUUCCUCAGUCUCUACUCUCGGAUUCUCACAAACAAGCUACCACGGAAAAGAAAGGCCAGGCAGAUGUAGGUGAUGAUGAUGCUGAGCUUGAUAGACAACUUGAACAGGCCCUUGAGCUUUUCCGUUUCAUCGAAGGGAAAGAUAUAUUUGAAGCGUUUUACAAAAAAGACUUUGCCCGACGACUCUUAAUGGCACGGAGCGCGUGUCAGGAUGCCGAACGAAACAUGCUUGCUAAACUAAAAGUUGAAUGUGGUUGUACAUUCACUCAGAAUCUAGAACAAAUGUUUAAGGAUAUGGAAACCUCUAGAGAUGAGAUGACUGCCUACCGGAAGUCACUUAAAAAAUCUAAGAAGGAAACUAUCGAUCUUCAAGUAAAUAUUCUUUAUGAAGCUGCCUGGCCUUCAUAUCCCGAAGUUGUAGUUAACCUACCCCCUGAAGUGGCAGUUCAUGUUGAGAAAUUUGAUAACUUUUAUACCAAAAAACACUCUGGUCGUCGUUUAACGUGGAAAAAUUCCCUAGCUCAUUGUGUCAUCAAGGCUCAGUUUAACAAAGGAGCGAAAGAACUUUUAGUCUCUGCCUUUCAAGCAAUAGUUCUUGUCUUAUUUAAUAAUGUUAAGCCUUCGGAUCCCCUAUCAUAUUCCACGAUACAGCAAGUCACAGGACUAGUUGAUUUGGAGUUACAGCGUACUCUACAAUCUCUUGCCUGUGCUAAAUUCAGGGUACUAACAAAGCACCCCAAAGGCAGAGAAGUUAACAUUACGGAUACAUUUACCGUCAAUACCAAUUUUACAGACGCAAAGUAUAAAGUUAAGAUUAAUCAAAUUCAACUUAAGGAGACUAAGGAAGAUAACGUGGAAACACAUGAAAAAGUAUUUAGGGAUAGACAAUACGAGACCCAGGCAGCAAUUGUACGGAUUAUGAAAAGUCACAAGACUAUGACUCACUCAAAUCUGAUAAGUGAAGUAAUUGAGCAGACCAAGGGAAGAGGUGCAGUGGAAAUUUCUGAAAUCAAAUCAAAUAUCGAUAAAUUGAUUGACAAAGAAUAUCUAGAGAGAGAAAAUGGUGGUUCUUACGUCUACUGUGCCUAA